AUGUCAACUGAAUCGACUGUCAAAUCAAGACAACAACCUCCAUGGCAUGUUCCUUCUGCCAAGACAGUACCCACUUUAAAACUCCAAAACUCACUUACCAAAUCAAAGAAUGAAUUUGUGCCUAGAGAUGGCAGACGUGUCACUUGGUAUAACUGUGGUCCCACCGUCUACGAUGCCUCUCAUAUGGGUCAUGCCCGUACGUAUCUCAGUAUGGAUAUCAUUCGUCGUGUACUUGAAGACUACUUUAAAUACGAUGUCUUGUUUGUUCAGAAUAUCACUGAUAUCGACGAUAAAAUCAUUUUACGCGCUCGUCAACAAUACUUGUUCGAAAACCUCAAGAAGGAAACAACUGCAUUAGACCAAACGAUCAUUCAACAAACAGAAGAAGCUUGGCUAGAAUAUGCUAAUGCCAAACUUAAGAAGUUGAAUGCCACGCUUGUCAGUUUGGCAACUAGCAAUUGGACUGAAUUUGCUCAAACGAUGACACCCGAAGAAGUUGCAAAGGCUGUUGUCUUGGAUGAAAAGUUCAAAAUGAUCUAUACUGCUUUGGAUACUUCUUUUGCUGCUAUUCAACAAGCCAAAGCUAGUUUAGACAAGGGUGACAAGUCAAAAGAAGCUGUGGAUACACUUUUGAUUGCUUCUCAAGAUAUUUUAUCUGUCUAUCUUGAUGCUAGAAAAGGAAACCAAGUCAAUGAUCCUAAGAUUUUUAGAGAACUUCCUGCUUACUGGGAAGCCAAAUACUUUGAAGACAUGGAAGCCUUGAACGUGCGUGCCCCUGAUGUUCAAACCAGAGUGAGUGAAUACAUUCCUGAAAUCAUUGACUAUGUCCAAAAGAUCAUUGAUAAUGGUUAUGGUUAUGUUGCUGAUGGAUCUGUCUAUUUCGACACAUCUCGUUAUGAUGGCCACCAUGGUCAUCACUAUGCUAAGCUUGAGCCUUGGUCCAAGGGUGACACUGCUCUAAUUGAAGAUGGCGAAGGUUCUUUAGGCAGCAAACUUCAAGGUAAAAAGAGUCCCAAUGAUUUUGCUUUAUGGAAGGCUUCUAAGCCUGGAGAACCUGUCUGGCACUCUCCUUGGUCUGAAGGUCGUCCUGGCUGGCACAUUGAAUGUUCUGUCAUGGCCAGUGCUGUCCUGGGCGAGAACAUGGAUAUUCACUCGGGCGGUGUGGAUUUAGCUUUCCCUCAUCACGACAAUGAAUUAGCUCAAGCAGAAGCUCAUUUCGACUGCAACCAAUGGGUCAAUUACUUUUUACACGCAGGCCAUCUUCAUGUCGAAGGCCAAAAGAUGAGUAAGAGUCUCAAGAACUUUAUCACGAUCAAUGAAGCACUCAAGACUUACACGGCUCGUCAGCUCCGUAUCUUCUUCUUGUUGCACCAAUGGGACGCCAAGAUGGACUUCAAAAAGUCAAGCAUGCAAGAAACAAUUCAAUUGGAACAGAUCAUCAAGAACUUCUUUGAUAACACUAAGGCGCUUGUGUAUAAGGUAAACCAUGAUGGCUCUCGUGGAGCUACUGUCUUGGCUGAUGGGUCCAUUACACAUCGCUUUAGACAAGAUGAAAAGGACUUGCUUGCCUUAUUACAAACCAAGCAAGAUGCUGUUCAUGCUGCUCUUUGUGAUUCUAUCAAUACACCUGUUGCCAUGAAUGAAAUUAUGGAUACCAUCAGUGCCACAAACAAGUACAUGGCUGCUCAAGGUGCUAAAGGCGUCAAUACGCAUCUUUUAACCAAGGUCGCUACAUGGGUGACUCACAUGCUUAAGAUCUUUGGUGUUGCUGAUCAAGGUAUUGAUAUUGGUUUUGGUGCUGCUGUUGGCCAUGAAAACUCAGGUAAUACAGAGGAAGUCUUGAUGCCUUACUUGAGAGCACUUUCUUCUUUCAGAGAUCAAGUCAGAAUUGGUGCUCGUCAAAAGGUAGAGCACACUGAAUUCUUAAGACUCUGUGAUUCCCUUCGAGACAAUCAAAUGGUUGAUCUCGGUGUCUCUUUGGACGAUCAAGAAGAUGGUACUGCCCUUGUCAAGCUUGUUUCUCGCGAAGAAUUGAUUCAGGCCCGUGAAAAGAAAUUGGCCAUGGCAGCAGAAAAAGAAGCCAAAAAAGCUGCUGCUGCUGCUGAACGUGAACGAAAGCGUUUAGAGAAACUUGAAAAGGGCAAACUUGCUCCACAAGAUAUGUUUAAGCAAUCAGACGAAUUCUCUAAAUUUGAUGACCAAGGUUUCCCUACACAUGCAAAAGAUGGUGAAGAACUUACCAAGAGCAGAAAGAAGAAGCUUCAAAAGGAAUAUGAUAAUCAAAAGAAGCUUCAUGAAGAAUACCUCAAAGAAGUUCAAAAAUAA